CUCUUAUUAAUGGUCUCUCGAAAAUACCUAUGCAUCAGAAAAAAACGGUGUAUCUCUGUCAGCUUUUGAUAAGAGUUGCAAAAGGAAAAAAUCUUGAAUGCCAUUUUGAAAAUGAUCAAAGAAUUUCACCUUUAGAAUCUGCUCUGUCUUUCUGGACUUUACUUGAGAAGGAAGAAAUUAAACUGGAGAAGAUUCACAAAGAGAUUCGUCACUUGAUUCAAAUUCAGAUUGUAGCAGUCCAUAUGGAAAACGGAUAUUUCAAGGAGGCUGCUGAAGUUCUUGAGAGGCUAUUUACAGACUCGGAAUCAGAUAAGCCUUUAAGGGUGAAGCUGGCAACCGUGGUUAAAAGCAAGGAUCCAUAUGUUCCCCUCCUCCAAAACUUCAGUUACAAUCUUUUGAUAAGUAAAAUCAAGUCUUACAUUGAACUUUUCAUGAAAGAAAAUGAAACUAACUUCUUAAUACAGGCAGCCACAAAACAGGUGGAGUCUAAAGGACUGGGAGCAACAGCACUGCAAAACGAAAAUGUGAAUGUCAAUGAAAAUGACGAAAAUAAUUUGGAAUCAAAACAAAGAUUAAUGAAAAAGCAAGAGAGUAUUACAAAUUGGUCACCUGGAGUCAUAAAAAACCCAACAGUAAGGCCUCAUUCAAGACGGAAACACAGAGCGAGCAAUGUUCCUCAGAGUCUGAACAGCUUGCAAAAUGUGGAAAAACGUGGAGAUGCUUGGGCUUGUGGCCGAAGAAGACAGCGAUGGACUUACAAAGAAGACUUGCAACUGAAAUCGGGAAUAAAGGAGUUUGGAGUGGGUAACUGGGCUAAAAUUUUGGUCCAUGGCGACUUCAACAACCGAACUAGUGUCAUGUUAAAAGACCGGUGGAGAACACUGUGCAGGAUCAAAAUUAAGCUUACAUGCUAGGUGGAAGAUUAUUUUGAAUUUAUGUAUAUUGGCAUAAUAGCACUUUUUAUCUUGCAGGAGAGAUGGAAAACAUACGGAAGGUAA